CCAAUUCCACGUUAUAUCCUUUAUGGGGCCUUUUCGGUUGCAGCUACAUGUCUUCUUCUGGCAGUCAUCGUUGCAAUCUUCCUUCGCCGGAAAUGCAGAUCUAGAUCGAAACCAGUUUCUUCACAAGGAUCAGAUGUAGACGACACUGGUUUAGUAAUCAACGAGCUGUAUGAUGAAUGGAGUGCCUUGCCAUCAGCCUCAGAUAUACUGGUCGACGGUGAUCACGCUCCUUCAAGUAGUACGACAACCCCUGACAUCACUGGCACCAAUGCGGACAACGAUAUGGGAAACAUCUCAGGAGAUGAACAUGGCGGUUGGGCUUGUAGAUCUGCCCAUUACAAGACGACAUGUGAUGACAUCACCUAUCACACUCUAGAGGCUCCGACGAACGAUGAUUGUACAAUCUACCAAGGACAUGAAAAUACGUAUGCAGAUAUCGAGGAUAAACGGUUCGGUGUUUCCAAUGUGGGCGACGAUUUAAAAGACACGAAAGGAGAUGGGAAUUGCAAUUUGGCUUGUAGGUCUACUCAGGAGAAGACGUCAUGUGAUGGAAAAACCUAUUACACUCUGGAGGCUCCAAUGAAUGAUAUUUCUGCAGAUAUCGAGAAAGACCGAAAUGACAAGGCUUGGAGGUCUAUGUCGGACAAGACGACUUGUCACCCCAAUAAUUACUACACCCUUGAGAUUCCAUCAAAGGACGACGAACGUCAUGGUGAAGUAUCCGAUAAUGAGUAUGAAGAUGUGGGCAGGGUCAACUUCACAGGUCAAGAAGAUGCUGGUGUCAACAAGCGUUUUACUCUUGAACGCCGAUCUUUGGGUCCUGAUGCUGGCACCUCGAGCAAUAAACAGCAUCAAAAUGGCAAUACAGACAUCAGACUCUCUAAAGGUGAGGAGUACGAUACUCUUAACUUCAGGACAUCCGUAAAGAAGUCUUCCAGACAUACUGUAAAUGGGGCCUUUGCUGAAGAGACGGAGAACAAAGAUAUGUACGGUUCUCUGAAUCUUCCAGAAACAUCAGAUCCUCCAAAUUCUUUGGACAUUCAACUAAUCAACGACAACGUUUAUGGAAAUCUAAGUGAUGUAGACGUUGAUCCUGGUAAAUGCCAAGGAGAAAAACCAAUUGCUUCAUGGGUUGAACCCGAAGCCACGUACCAAAACAUGAAACUGUAAGCCUCAUGGUCGCUCAGUUAAGAUCACAUUGAAAUCUAAGGAACUAGUGAGAAGAAGCAUUUGAGGUCAGAAAGAAGCCAUCAAAUAAUUAAACAAGAUCGACAAGCUAAGAGGCAUUACAUGUCCAUGACGUCCAGAAUAUUCAAAUUUUGGCUUGAAAUCCCAAAAGGGUGAUGUGAAAAAGAGCGCAUCCGACAUAAAAUGUCUAUCGAAAAUACAGCAAGCAGUGUCAAAUAGAGGAAAAGGCAACGUACCUAAUGUCAACUUGAUUCUACCAGCGUCUCAAUCAGUUUUGCCUCUUAUAGUUUAGUCUUGUCAAUGGUGUCGGACUUAGUGUCCGACAUAGUGCCAUAAAAUUAGAUUGUUUAUUUUAAUUCAUACUCCAUUAAAAAAAAUAAUAAUGGGGAGGAGAAUAGUUGGUUGCAUCUGGCUUAAGACGUGAUUUUCCCUUUAAAAAUACAUAUUUUAAACAGGCAUGAGGACUAUGCCGCCUACAACCCCCACAAAAGCCCUGAAAAUAUCCUUAAAUUUGAAAUCUCAGCGGCUCUUGAGGUGCUAUAGAGAAUUUUGAUAGGUAAAGGUGCCUAAAAACUGUUUGCAAACAACGCUUUUAAAGGAAACACUAGAAUAUUUGAUAUGCUCCUGGAUCGUUUGGUGUUAUGAAUAAAACCAUUUGAGCAAGGAAACACUUAUAAAAAGAGGCAAUCGCAAAGGCUUUCUAGAAAUUACCUCAAGUAUAAUCAAUAGCAGCUCAUAGUAUAACCAAUAUAAAUCGUGAUUGGAUUACGUAAUAUGUGUACGUCAAAGCACACUUGCAAAGGUGGUAGAUAAAGCUGCAAUGAAUGCCGUCUGUUGAAUUAUCGAAAUUCUUCGCGGUCGUGUUACUUCGAGUUUUUUUUACAGUUUAAAUAACUGGACGACAAUUGGGUAUUGAUUUUUUUUUAUGUAAAGUUUCUUUCAAUUUGUUUACAUAGUUAAUUUGGAGAAAUUUGUGAUAAAACGUUAUAGUUUAGUCUUGUGUAUAUUUACCAUAUCGAAUAAGUUUAAAUUUAGUUUAUAGAUAAUGUAGAUAAUAGGGAACUAGUGAUUAUUGACCAAGUUCACUACUAGACUAUUGGUUUAUUUGAAUGAAGUUUGAUAACACACAUGUAUAAAUUAUGUAAAUAGAUCCAGUGGCAACCUUUCCACCUCGCCUGCAUUUCACUCCGUUUUCAAAAUGUAAAUAUUGAAACCUAGAAAGAAAGAAAGAAAAGAAAUGUGUAAGGAUUUUUUGUUUUCGUUUUCCCCUCCCUAACUAUAGUUAGGGAGGGGUGGGGCGAGGGGAAGAGGCGUAGAUCAUAAUAGAAAAUAAAGUCUCUAAUUACAAGUUGCGGACUUGCGGAGUCAUUCAAAUGAGUAACAUACAAUGUAUAUAUUAUUAAAUCUUGAGAGAACAUACUGUUUUGUACUUAAGAAAAAAAAUGUUUUGUAGAGUUUAGAUUGUACACUUCCAAAAGUCAUGUAAUGAAAUGAACUAAAAUGUUGGUUUUUAACUUACUAAUAAAUGUACAGCACUCUAA